UGUAAUGCUAUAGGUUUGAAGUAUCAGGGUUUAACAGUUCAGGAGAGUGUUCAGUGAAAUUAUUUAUGCACCUUUGCCUUUUUAUCGUUUGGUUUCUGAAGGAUGCAGACAUUAUUGGAGACAAAAUGGGCGAAUAACAACGCAAACAAUAAUUCUUACAACGUAAUCCUACAUGCAACGCUUUGGUAGACAAUCUCAUUUCAUCUUACCACCUUCUUUCGGGAUGAUUUGGCUGUUAAUUUUGCAGGAAACCCCUUCUGGGAUGUUAAGUCGGAUUUGAUGAUUAACUCCUCUCAAGGACUUCUCAUCCACUUGGACUGAAAAAAAAAAAAAAAACAGGACCUUCUGCUUCUAACACCUUGUAUUGAAAUCAGCUCUCUGUGUGGCGUGGUUUUGGGCUCUCGGUUGUGAACAUGCUCCAGUGCGCAGGGUGCGAGCGGCCCAUCCUGGACAGGUUCCUCCUGAACGUGCUGGAUCGCGCGUGGCACGCCAAAUGCGUACAGUGUUGUGACUGCAAGUGCAACUUAACCGAGAAAUGCUUCUCUAGAGAAGGCAGACUAUACUGCAAAACUGACUUUUUUAGACGUUAUGGCACAAAGUGCGGAGGCUGCUCUCAGGUCAUCUCCCCUACUGACCUCGUCCGGAAGGCCAGAAGCAAAGUGUUUCACCUCAACUGCUUCACGUGCAUCAUAUGCAACAAGCAGCUUUCCACCGGUGAAGAGCUCUACAUCCUGGACGAGUCGAAAUUCGUUUGCAAAGAGGAUUACCUGAACAACAACAACGGCAAAGACGGAAACCUGCUCUCCAUAACGACGUGUAGUGAGCCGAGCUUGUCUCCGGAAUCUCAGGACCCACAGGACGAUGGGAAAGACUCGGAGGCGGGCCACCUCUCGGAUAAAGACACGUGCAGUAACGAGAACGACGAGCAGAGCGCGGGGGCGAAGCGCCGAGGCCCGCGCACCACCAUCAAAGCCAAACAGCUCGAGACGCUCAAGGCGGCGUUCGCGGCCACGCCCAAGCCCACGAGACACAUCCGGGAACAGCUCGCGCAGGAGACCGGCCUCAACAUGCGGGUCAUUCAGGUAUGGUUCCAAAAUCGGCGCUCAAAGGAAAGACGUAUGAAGCAGCUGAGUGCUCUGGGGGCAAGACGUCAUGUGCUGUUCCGCAGCGCGAGGAGAAUAAGGGCACUCGGGGAGCGAGUGGAGCCUGCUGACCUCAUGAUGCCCAAUGGCCACUUCUCUUAUUACGGAGAUUAUCAAGGCGAAUACUACGGACCGGGAGGCAACUACGACUACUUCCCUCACGGCCCUCCAUCUGCACAGGCCCAAACUCCCAGCGAUCUGGGUUACGUACCCUCCUCAGGCCCGGCUGGCACCCCGCUGGGUACCAUGGACCAUCACCAUUCUGUCCAUCACCCCUCCGGAGAGAGCCAGUGUUUUGGCGAGAUGGUGCCACAGCAUCCGGGUGACUCCCCCAGCCCAGAGCACAGCAUCUCUGCGGACAUGAGCGGUGCAUUCACCUCGAUCAGCUCGCUUGCUGCUAACGGAUACAGCAGUCAGCUCUCUCAGCCUUCAUCAGAAAUGAGCGAAGGCACCGUAUGGUAGCUUGGCUGUAAGACAUUUCCAAAUAGACUCAGGUUUAAUAGAGCCUGGAAAAAAGAUGGACCUGAUCUUGGACAUUUUUGAUGGACAUAUUAUGUUAUGUAUUUAUCUAUUUAUUUAAUGUAUUUAUCUAUUUAUGAUCACUGUAUGACUUUAAUUGGUUUGUACAUUUUUAUUUAUUCCUCUGGCAGACAAUUUUAUACAGUACAAAGCGCUUUUAUUACAAAUAUUAAAGCAGAAACCAAUGUCCGGUGUCGGUCACUGAACUGUUAAGUUCCAUUGGUUGUCUGCAUCAUAACAGUAUUUGCGAACAACGGUUCUGGUAAUCAAUCCAGACAGCAGCACUAUUAUUUGUCUCGCCGAGAACGGACUUAUUUAUUUAUUUAUUUAUUUAUGUCCAUGAAUACAAAUGAGCCAAGGUAUUUUAACGCUUGAAAUUGUUUAUUAUUAAUAAAUGGUAUAUUAUAUUAUAAUCUUCUGAUUUUAGCAUAUAAAAGAUGGUGAGCAAUUGCAACACAUCUGUCUGGACAUCAUGUUCCUUUUCUUCGAUUCAUUCUGUAUCAGUUGCUUAUGUUAUAUAGUAAAGGAAAUUUAAUUUUCUUAGUUUUU